AUGUUAAGUGGGCAAAUUCCAUCCUCUCUCGGGAACCUUGUCCAGCUUACUAGUUUGGAUUUAAGUGUUAAUCGGUUAACUGGUGAAAUCCCAUCUUCCAUUGGAAAUCUAGUUCAACUCAUUGACAUAGAUCUUGGUAAUCUAGUUCAACCCAUCGGAAGCCUGAAGCAACUAAAAUUGCUCAUCCUUUCUAACAACAUGCUCUCCGGUCUUCUGCCUCCAUUCUUGGCAAACCUUACCAAUCUGGAAGCAUUGGACCUUUCUCAAAACCAGCUCUCAGGAGAGAUCCCUCAGGAGUUGACGCAACUCACUUUGCUUGCGGUCUUCAACGUUUCUUAUAACCGUCUGACCGGGCCAAUACUGCAGUCACGGCAGUUUGCUACAUUUGAAAACAACUCCUACAAGGGAAAUUCCGGGCUCUGUGGCACUCCUCUGUCUAGAAAAUGUGGAGAUCUCAAAGCGUCAUCGCCAUCAUCUCCAACAUCCGAAGAAGAUUGA